CGCAAAUCAACUCCACCAUCUCGAUACACGCUGCAUCACACCCAAAAUGAGCGCUCUUCUAUCGGCAGACGACCUAAAUGACUUUAUAUCUCCCGGUUUGGCCUGUAUUAAGCCGGUACCCGUGACGAAAAGAUCCGCAGAGGAGGCUGAGAUCCAAAUCGACUCCUUCGGAAACCCGCUGGAGGUCUCUAUUGACGGCACCACUACGACCUUAUCGGCGGCGCAGAUUUCCCUUUCUGACUGCUUAGCAUGUUCUGGGUGUAUUACCUCGGCGGAAGAAGUGCUUGUGGCGAAACAUUCGCACAAUGAAUUGCUCAAGGCCUUGAAGGGCGGCGAGAAGCAUUUUGUCGCCAGUAUUUGCCACCAGUCGCGGGCCUCUCUCGCCACUGCCUUUGGCCUUUCGGUAGAGCAAGUGGACAAGUGUUUGGUCAAUCUUUUUGUGAAUCGCCUCGGCUUUAAAUACAUUGUCGGGACCGGUCUCGGGCGCAAGCUCUCCCUCUUGUCGGAGUCAGCCAAGAUCAACCAGAGUAAGGCUGACGGUGUGAUGGGCCCCAUCCUCUCCAGCAUCUGCCCCGGCUGGGUCUGCUACGCUGAGAAAACCCAUCCCUAUAUCCUCCCUCGCAUGUCGACCGUAAAGUCUCCGCAGCAGAUCACCGGCUGCAUCCUCAAGGAGUUGAGCACCCAGGCUCUACAAGCUCCAAGAGAGCAGGUGUACCAUCUAUCGAUUAUGCCAUGCUUUGACAAGAAGCUCGAAGCAGCCAGGCCCGAAAAACAGGAGGAGGGACACGAGGCGGAGGAAGAUCCGGACGUGGACUGUGUUAUUACCGCUAAAGAGUUGAUCCAGUUACUAGAGCAGGAAGGUUUCGACUUCCUCGACACAUCCAACGACCCAACGUUGCAAAAUGUAGAGAUAUUCGCACUUUACACAAGAGCCGCGCCCCCAGCCUGGCCGUUUAUCCACCAAACCUGGCUCAACAACGUGGGCUCCAGCUCUGGUGGCUACGGCUUGAACUAUCUUCUUGCUUUGCAAGCGCAGAACAGCCAUAGAGCUACUACCAUCCGACGCAUCGAGGGAAGGAACUCGGAUAUCUGGGAGCUUCGGUUGGUGGACGAGGCCUCGGGCGAGAGCUUGGGGUCCGCUGCUAUCGUGAAUGGUUUCAGAAACAUCCAAAACUUAGUUCGGAAGUUGAAGCCGACUCCUGUAGGUGCCAAAAUAGGUAGUUUGGCUUCUGCUCGUCGUGGAAGAAGAGCCAAGCCGGAAGCAGAGGCACCAGUUGCAGAUGCGUCCAAGUGUGAUUACGUGGAGAUUAUGGCCUGUCCAAGUGGCUGUAUCAACGGCGGGGGACAGGUUUCGUCCAAAAACGGGCUAAAUGACAAAGUGUGGAUUCAGGAAACCGAAGCAAAGUACUAUUCGAUCCCCAUCGCUGAGUCUUCCGCGGUGGAGAUUGCUCAGUGGGUAGAGGAAUUCUGCGGUCACUUCAAAGUGGAAGAGACUAGGUUGCUACACACAUAUUUUAUGAAGGUGGAGCAACCGACGGAUCCGGCGGUAGUGUUGUUAGGGGCGAAAUGGUAGUGAGCAGCUGCGAUUUUGGUGAAAUAUAUUUAUAAGGAUGUAAAAAUAAACAAGGCUUACGGUUUGGC